AUGCUGAGGACGCUGCAGCUCUCCCUGCUGGCCAUCCUGCUGCUGGCCUGCGGCUUCCUCUACCAGUUCUCUCUCAGGUCCAGCUGCCUCUUCUGCCCGCCUACCUACAGGUCCCAGCAGGGGCCCGAAGCCCUCCUGAGCACGGGGCACAGCAUCGUGUUCCUUGAGACCUCGGAGAGGACCGAGCCGUCCCUGCUGGCCUCCUGCGCCGUGGAGUCCGCGGCCAGGAUUUAUCCCACGCAGCCGGUGCUCUUCUUUAUGAAGGGGCUCAACGAUUCCACGCGGCAGCCCCCAAACUCCACACACGGGGCUUUUUCCCUCCUCUCAGCCAUCAGCAAUGUCUUCCUCUUCCCUUUGGACAUGAAAAGGCUGUUUGAAGACACACCGUUGUCUUCAUGGUACAUGCAUGUGGACAUCAGUGCACAGAGCAACUGGCUCCACAUCAGCUCGGACGCAGCCCGCCUGGCCGUCAUCUGGAAGCACGGGGGCAUCUACAUGGACACAGACGUCAUCUCUAUCAGACCCAUCCCUGCAGAGAACUUUCUGGCCGCACAGGCUUCUCGGUUCUCUAGCAAUGGGGUGUUUGGAUUCCUCCCCCGCCACCCCUUCCUGUGGGCAUGCAUGGAAAACUUUGUGGAGCACUAUAACUCCGAGGUCUGGGGGAAACAGGGUCCUGAUUUGAUGUCAAGGAUGCUGAGAGUGUGGUGCAGGCUCGAAGACUUCCAGGAGGUGAGCGAUCUGAAGUGUUCCAACUUUUCCUUCCUGCACCCCCAAAGAUUUUACCCCAUUUCUUACCCGGCGUGGCGGCGCUACUAUGAGGUCUGGGACACAGAACCAAACUUCAAUCACUCCUACGCGCUGCAUCUGUGGAACUACAUGAACCAGGAGGGUCGGACUGUCGUGAGAGGCAGCAACACGCUGGUGGAAAAUCUCUACCGGAAGUACUGUCCCCAGACAUACAGGGACCUGGUUCAAGGCCCAGGGGCGUCUGUGACCCAGCAGCUGGACCCAGGUGACGAAUAG